AUGGAGACCAAAGCCCCUACCCUGGCCUCCCAAGAUGCGGCCAGCACCAGAAGGCAGGGCCCUGAGCGCUCUCAGGCGCCCUCAGUGCCCGAGUGGCGCGCUAAGUACCCGGCUGCUCUCGGCAGGGAUUUGCCCAAUGGUUCCCCCGGAGCUCCAAGUCAGCCGGUCCUGCCGGACCCGCCGGCGUCCUCCACCAGGUACCGCUCUAGCCAGCCCGCGCCGCGGCAGGCCCUUCAGGCUUUCGGCAGGGCAGCCCUCCUCGGGGUCCUGGCGCGGUUGCGUAGCAGCUGUGGGGACGCGGGCCGGGCCGGAAGCGGAGUGCGGCGCAGUGGAGCUUGGAUACUACACAGGGCCCCUCUUCAUCGCCAGGAGCUGAUGGCGGGUGAACUGGACCAAGAUAAAUAUGACACAGAUGAGAAUGUGAAGAUCAUCUGCCUGGGGGACAGUGCAGUGGGCAAAUCCAAACUCAUGGAGCGAUUCCUCAUGGAUGGAUUUCAGCCCCAGCAGCUGUCCACAUAUGCCCUGACCCUGUACAAGCACACGGCCACAGUGGAUGGCAAGACUGUCCUCGUGGACUUCUGGGACACGGCGGGCCAGGAGCGCUUCCAGAGCAUGCACGCCUCCUACUACCACAAGGCCCACGCCUGCAUCAUGGUGUUUGACGUGCAGAGGAAAGUCACCUAUAGGAACCUGAGCACCUGGUACACGGAGCUUCGGGAAUUCAGGCCUGAGAUCCCCUGCAUCGUAGUGGCCAAUAAGAUUGAUGCAGACAUAAAGGUGACCCAAAAGACCUUCAGUUUUGCCAGGAAGUUCUCCUUGCCCCUCUACUUCGUCUCAGCUGCUGAUGGGACCAACGUCGUGAAGCUCUUCAAUGAUGCAAUUCGGCUGGCUGUGUCUUACAAACAGAACUCCAGGGAUUUCAUGGAUGAGGUUUUGCAGGAACUGGAGAACUUUGAAUUGGAACAGAAAGAGGAGGAGGGGCCUGGCCAAGGGCAGCAGGGCAGCACCGAGAGCCCACCUGCCUCCUGA